AUGGCUUCCAACACCAUCUACCUGAUCACAGGCGCAAACCGCGGAAUCGGACUCGGACUCACCUCCCUCCUGCUCUCCAGACCCAACACUACAGUCGUGGCGACCGUUCGAGACAAAACCACAUCCACCACCUCCCUCCUCGCUCUCCCAAAAGCCCCGGGCAGCGAGCUAAUCAUCGCGUAUCUCUCAAUUUCAACCACCUCAGCACUCGAGAUUGAAAGUGCUCACAAGGCGCUAGCCGAAGACCUCGAAACCCGCGGGAUUAAUAGACUAGACGUCCUCAUCGCCAACGCCGGAAAUGGCACGAGUUUCAAAUCAGCAGCAGACACGGAUCUUGAGGAUGUAGUUCGAGACUUCCACACCAACACACUCGCCCCGCUGUCGCUCUACCAGACUCUUCUGCCUCUCCUCCAGCGCUCCAAAGCCGCCAAAUUCAUAAUCAUAGGCAGCAUCCUAGGCAGCAUAACCUCCACAACAUCCGCACCAUGUCUCGGAUAUGGCAUAAGUAAAACAGGCACGCACUAUAUUGCCGCAAAGAUCCACCAUGAAGAAGAGAAAAUGGUGGUGCUUGUUGUUCAUCCUGGAUGGGUACAAACGUCCACCGGCCAGAAGUUCGCGGAUAGUAUUGGCGUGGAGAUGCCGCCUAUGGGUGUGGAGGAUAGUGCGAGGGGGGUGGUUGAGCAGAUUGAUAAAGCGACUAAGGAGACGAUUUCUGGGUGUUUUGUUGGGUGGGAUGGGGAGGUUGUGCCGUGGUAG